AUUUUCAGAUGUCGUUUAUGACCCCGGCUUUAGAUAGAAUUUCUAUCUAAUUUAAAAGCCGUGUCUGUGACCACAAUUAUUAUCGGUAACAAAUAACAAUCGGUUUCGGUAUCACUGUGUCCGAAGACAUAUAAUCUUCAGAUUCAGAUCGCGACUUCGCGUUCGUUGAUAAAAAAAAAAAAUACAACUGACAGCGCGUUACGAAUCUACGAUCGUCGUCGUCGAGAUUCGAGACGUCGAUCAACAUUUUUAAGUAUAACUUGAAUAUUAACUAAUUUCAAUUUUUUUUUAAUCUCGGGAAACUUGACACGCGAUCGGUAAAGAAUACACCGAUGACAGCUGUGAUUAUAUUUAUCGUUUUUAAAGUGGUUCGAUGAGAACGUAGGAAGUCUUCUGAAUCGCGAUGAGUAGAACUACGUAAGAUCUAUCGUACCGGCAACACCAACCGAGAGACUGAACACGCGAUAAAAUGUCAUACGAACAGACUGCUUGUGACGAUCUUAAAGCUUUUGAGCGGCGACUAACUGAGGUGAUUGCUUCCAUCAAGCCAAUAACAAAUCGAUGGCGAACAAUUUUAGCUAUUUCAACAUUAAGUGCUUCAAUAGGUGCCUAUUAUUGGUUAACAGAUCCACAAACUGCCAAAGUAUCAUUUGUUCAAUCGCUGUACAAUCAUUUAUUGUUCACCAUUUCAUCUAUGAUGCUUAUGAUAUUACUCAUAACUGGUGUACAUAAAAAAGUCAUAGCAACAUCGAUAAUAACGUCACGUGCAAGGCAAGUACUAGCUGAUUUUAAUAUGUCUUGUGAUGAUUCUGGGAAACUAAUACUUAGACCUAGGCCUCAACAGAAUACAUGAUGAUAAUAUCACAACAAUGGGAUGUUCUUUUUAUUUUAUUUUUAUUUUGUCGUUAAGAAUUACAUAACGAUUGUUUAUGAAUGACACUAUUGUAAUGAAUAAGAUUUAUCAUUUUGAGUUUUAAUGUAUCUAAUACAUUUAUGUGCAUAAUAUAAUUAAUGAUUAUUGAUGAAUUAUUAUUAUUAUUAUAUUAUAGAUAUUCAUUAUAUGAACUAAAUAAAUUUGUUUUACUUAUCUAAAAUAUAAAAAGAGUUCAAAAUAUAUUUAUCAGUUAUCAACAUCUAA